AUGUUACACGGGCAAGCAAUGGCAGCUGUACAAAUUGCGGAACACGAUACCACAAAUUGGAAUCAUUUCGAGGCGGAUAGUCAUCUUCAUCUUGAAAUGCAGACCAGGUUCCUCCCUCAUGUAUCAGUUCUACUGGCCGCAAUUGCGCUCGCAUGGUAUUAUGAGACUUUUGACUUUGGAUUUUUCAAAUAUUCGUCAAAAAAGAAAGGAGAUGCAGUAGAUGAGUUGUUGAAGAAGAAACAUCAAGUGAUUGGAAAAGAAUGCAUCCCGAAUACGAAUACAUGUUUCCUGAUAGUUGAUUCAUACUACUUGGAAAACGGAAGAUUGACCACCAAAAGAGAUAUAUUGCUAGAAGAAAAUACUGAGUAUUCAUUAACAGGAGUUGAAGUGGAAUCUACCAAACCGGUGUCUUGGGAGAAUACCAACUCCAGAGAUUGGCCGGUUAAUAAGCUCGUAAUCAACUCAAGAUACGCUCGACUUCUUGUUGCUGCAGGAUUCAUCAUGGAGAGUUUGACAUUCGACGAGAAUGACCACAACGAUGUUCUUGUUGCUGGGCUUGGUGGCGGAGUAAUGAGCAACUUUCUGUCGGAGAUAUCAUAUCUAAAUAUCGACACAACGGUAGUGGAAAAAGAAGAUUUUAUCAUAAAUCUCGCUGAAAAUUACUUCGAUCAUUUCGAAACGGACCAGAUGCGCAUCGUUCACGCCGAUAUUGUUGACUUCUUGCGAAAAUAUGACAAAAAAUACGAUGUCAUAAUAGUGGACGCUUGUGAAAACAAGAAAUCCGAUGUGAUGUGCCCUGUACCCGAAAUAUUCAAAAAGGAAUCGAUUCAGCUACUAAAAAAGCGUUUGACUUUGAAAGGUUGCGUGGCUGUAAAUGUGUAUUUGACUAAAGAAGCAGCGGAAACGGAGAAAACCAUUUUUGAACUUUUCUCAAAUGAAUUCAAUUCUUGUUUCUUUUUGGAAUAUUUUAAAGAUAAGAAGUUACAACAGGCGUUUCUCCGACUCUUUCGAGGUCGGGUACAAGCCGAAGACCCGAAUUUUCCGAUAAGAUUACGGAUAUAUCGACUACUCAUUGGUAUCCGGCACUUGGAAAUUUCGUUUGAGCUGCUUGACAUGCUCAACCAGCAGCACAAUCAAGGGGGACAACAACUACUAAAUGUACAGAGACCUCAUCAAAUACAGCCACCCGGCCAACACCGGGGUCCUCCCCAAGGGCAGAACAUGCAACAAAAUCAGAUGCAACAGAAUCAGAUGCAGCAGAAUCAGAUGCAACAAGGACAGCAGAUUAAUAUGGGUCAAUCACAAAUGGCUAAUAUGCAAGGGCAACGCCAAGUUGGUCAACCUGGACCAUCAUCCCAGCAAAUGCAGCAGCCACAAGGCCAUAUGAUGAACAUGGGACAACAAAUCCGUCCUCAACAAAAUCAGCAGCAGCAACCUCAAAUGAUGGCGCCAAAUGCACAGCAACAACAACCAAUGCAGCAAAUGCGAGGGAUUCCACAACAACAACAAAUGAGAAAUAUGACUCCACAAGGUCAACAAAUGCAGUCCCCACAGCAACCACAAAUGAAUCAGAUGAGGAUGCAGCAGAAUCCGCAGACUAUGCCACAACAGCAAAGGGUACCUGUUCAGAAUAUGCAACAGAACAUGCAGCAAGGUCAGAGUCAGAAUUUGAGGAUGGUUCCACCACAGACUAAUCCAGCUCCAAGGAUGCAGCCUCCCCAUCAAACAAUGACGAUGCAGCAACAGCAACAAGGUGGACCUCAGAACAUGAAUCGACCUUCUCCACAGCCGCCGCAUCAGGGACAUCAACAGCAACAAGGUGGAUCCCAGAACAUGAAUACACUAACAUCCCAGCAGUCUUCGAUGCCAAACUUGCAUCAAAUAAUGUCCAGACCACCCCUUCAGUUGCCACAAGGACCCAUAACAAUCAACUUGAAUCCCAAUGCACAGCCGCAGAUUCGAAUCCUUCCAAUCCAACCGAUAAAUCAGCCCAACUUGAAUAACGGGUCUCCACAGCAACAUCCGCAGAUGCAGCAGGUGCAACAGAAUAUGAAUGGUGCCCCACAACAACAGCAGAUGCGAAUGCAACAACAAGACUCGCAGAUGCAGCAAGGGCCAAUCGCCAUGAAUGGACCACCGCAACAGCAGCAAGGUCGAAAUACUCAGGUGACACCUAAACAACGGCAACAAGGUUCCAAUCAAAAUACUCCACGAAUGAAUCCACCACAAUUGACUCAACAGCAGCCUAUGCAACAACCAGUGCAGCAGCAAAUGCAGGGACAACCUAAUCAACCAAUUAGGCCCAUCAAUCAAAUGCCACAAGGACGGCAAAUGCCACCAAAUCAGCAGAGACAAAUGCAACAGCAGAGUCUUCAAGCUAUCCACCAGCCACAACCGAUUCAGCAACCCACAGUUCUUCAUCAGCUCUUGCCGGCCAAGUCUGAUGCACAGCAACAAGGCGGAGUUAUAACAUUUGACGCAGACAAGAUGAUUCAUAUUAAUGGUGAACAUGCAAUCAUUAACGGACAACAAUAUAAACUUGUUCAAAUGACGGAUGGAGAAACACAACAAGCUCACACUCUUCUCAACCAGCAGCAGAAAUCUAAUCAACACGGACAAUCUAAUCAGCAUCAACAGCAACAAACUCCGCACCAACAGAAUCGUAAUGUGCAACAACGGAGAAGCAACACUCCGAUGCAGAAUCAACAAGGAUCACAACAGAUGCAGAAUCAGCAAAGUAUGCAGAAUUCCUCAAACAUGAACAGUCCCCAACAUCCUCCAGUUUUGCAACAGCAACAACCAAUGCCAGCCAAAGCUGCCAGGCAACGAAACCGGUAUAAAAAGACUGCUACUGCGGCUGCUCUUGAAUCAAAAGUUAUCAAAGAAGACACUCCCGUUUCUGAAGCGUUGAGGAUGAUGCCAAAUAAUGAAUUGAUGCAACAUAUACCGACAUCCAGUAACUCUAAUCCGCCUACGAGAGGACGAAAGAUUCUGCCUCCAUCGCUGACUCCCGUUGCUCCACUGACUUCUCAUGGGCCAACUACUACUAUUAAUAGCUCGACAGUGUCUCAACCUCAUAUUGUGCAACAAGGAAGAAAUGUGGUGCAAGUUGGUGGAAUGCCUCCAAACAGGCAAAUGAACACUCCGAUGAAAAAUGGGCAGAGAAAUCCGCAGCCGCUAAAGCCAACUGUUCUCUCCAACCAAAAUGUGAAUGGAAGACCUCAAGUCAAGCAGUCACUGCCAUCAACUUCUCAACCGAAACCAUUGGCAAAAAAGGAGAAUAUGACAUCCAUUCGAGAUGCUAUUGCUCUACAUGUGAGCGGUGAGCGGAAAAUGACUCCUGAGUAUCAUGCCUACGUUCACAACCAGCUGUUCAGAGUUAUGGAGGAGAUGGAACUUCUCGAGAUGUGGCACGAUCAACGGUACAUUUCUGUACAAAGGUUGUUGAAUAUGGUCAACUACCGGAGUGCGACUGAGAUCAAAACUCCGGAAAAACCACCAAGACCUUCUCUACAACCAACAGAAGAUGAGUUAGAGCCGGAACCAGCUGAUGAGACUCCAGAAGCACGAGAGAAACGUUAUGAUGGUUACAUGAAAACGUUGGUAGAGGCUUACCCAGAAAAGAAAUGUGAUGUGAAGUUUGCUACACUCGAUGAUGUGACAAUACGGAAGGAAGUGGAGUUUUAUCGCAAGCAAGAUAUGAAGAAUCGCGAGACUCAUUUGAGGGAAAUUGUGAAUACGUUGCCAGAAGAAAAGCAGACGAAGGCAAAAAUCGAGUACCUUGGAUUGGGUCUUCUCGAGUUUCAAGAAAAACUUCGAAAAGAAGUCAUGUCCCACACCGUUCUGGUUCCCCCCACUGAGUUCUUAAUCAACCCAUGGUCUAUCCGAAGAACGAAACAUGAGUACAUCCUGGAGUUGAAGCAACAUCCAGAUAGAGCAGCGUUAGAAAAGAAGCGAAAGUCAACUAACUACGCUUUCCUUCAAAGUCUUGCCAAGCACACCAGAGAGUUUAAAGAAUUCCAUAAAAACACUCUGAACAAGCACAGGAAGGUUCAUAAAUCAAUGCAGCAGUACAUCACUAACGAAGCCAAACGCGUUGCUCGAGAAGAGAUGAAAAACGAGAAACUCAGAAUUCAAAAACUUAUUCAAGAGGACGAAGAAGGGUAUCGUGCAAUGUUGGAUAGUCAGAAAGAUCGACGACUGGUUUAUUUGUUGGAGCAGACUGAUGAUUAUAUCAAAAGUUUGUGCGAUUUGUUGAAACAACAGCAAGCUGCGACCGGUGGUGUUCAAAUGAAACAAGUUGUUCGCAAGGAAUAUGAAGGACUUGCUGAGGAGGAUAAGGUAAAAAGUAUUCUGGACAAGGCUAGGAAUGAGGAAGAUGAGUAUGAAAACAAGACAAAAUUGAACCUCGAGGACUACUACACAACUGCACAUGGAAUCCGCGAGGAGAUUACUCAACAGCAUUAUUCAAUGGGAGGAGGAAAUCCGACCAUGAAGCUGAAACCGUAUCAACUGAAGGGUCUCGAGUGGAUGGUCUCAUUGUACAACAACAAUCUAAAUGGAAUUCUGGCCGACGAGAUGGGAUUGGGAAAGACUAUUCAGACAAUCGCCUUCAUCACUUACCUGAUGGAAAUUAAGAAAACUUCUGGUCCGUUCCUCGUCAUUGUUCCGUUGUCAACAAUUCCCAAUUGGCAGAAUGAGUUUGACAAGUGGGCACCCAACGUGCAUCUCAUAGUGUUCAAGGGAAACAAGGAGAACCGAAAAGCCAAUGAGCCAGUUAUCAAAUCAGGGAAGUUCAACGUUCUUCUGACCACCUUUGAGUACGUCAUUCGAGAAAAGGCAUUGCUUGGAAAACUCCGUUGGAAGUACAUGAUGAUUGAUGAAGGACAUCGACUGAAGAACCAGCACUGUAAAUUAACAGAAAUGUUGAAUACAAGAUUCCAAUGUCAGAGAAGACUUCUGAUUACUGGAACCCCUCUCCAGAAUAAGCUCCCAGAACUAUGGGCCCUUCUCAAUUUCUUGCUCCCAACCAUCUUCUCAUCGUGCUCAACAUUUGAACAAUGGUUCAAUGCUCCAUUCGAAAAAACCGGCGAGAAGGUCGAGUUGACUUCAGAAGAGACGAUGCUCAUCAUUCGACGUCUUCACAAAGUUUUGAGGCCGUUCUUGCUUCGAAGAUUAAAGAAAGAGGUUGAAUCAGAGUUACCGGAUAAAAUGGAGUUUGUCGUCAAGUGUGAGAUGUCUGGAUUGCAAAAAGUGCUCUACAAGCAUAUGCAGAAAGGGCUUCUUCUCGAUGGCAAGACUAACACCGGCAGUCGUUCACUCAUGAACACAAUGGUCCAUCUUCGCAAAUUGUGCAAUCACCCCUUCCUUUUCAAUAAUGUCGAAGACUCUUGCAAGAGCUUCUGGAACUCCAAAUUUAUCACAGCAACCGAUUUGUAUCGAGUAUCUGGAAAACUGGAGCUUCUCGACCGAAUUCUUCCAAAACUGCGUGCAACCGGUCAUCGAGUACUAAUGUUUUUCCAAAUGACUGCAAUGAUGACUGUCGUCGAGGAUUACCUUGCCGGUGGAACAAUCAACUACCUUCGUUUGGAUGGAAGCACUAAACCUGAUGAGAGAGGAGCACUUCUUGACAAGUUCAAUGCUCCAAACAGCAAGUACUUCCUCUUCAUGCUUUCCACCCGUGCUGGAGGUCUUGGAUUGAACUUGCAAACUGCCGAUACAGUAAUCAUCUUUGAUUCCGAUUGGAACCCGCAUCAGGAUAUGCAAGCACAAGACAGAGCUCAUCGUAUCGGACAAAAAGCUGAAGUUCGGGUGUUCCGUCUGAUCACAUCCAAUUCGGUUGAAGAGAAGAUAUUAGCAUCUGCGAGAUUCAAGUUAAAUGUGGAUGAGAAGGUUAUCCAAGCUGGAAAGUUUGAUAAUCGUUCAACUGGAGCAGAGAGAAGACAAAUAUUGGAGAAUAUUAUCAAAGCGGAAAAUGAAUCUGGAGAGGAUGAAGAUGUUCCGAAUGAUGAAGAAAUCAAUGAUAUUCUUUCGAGAUCUGAAGACGAAUUUGAACUGUUCCAGAAGAUGGACCAAGAGCGAUUGGAAAGGGACAGAAAGAACAAAGCCAAACCUCGCUUGUGCGGUGAUGAUGAAAUUCCAAGAGACAUUCUUCGAGCUGCUGAUGAGACUGAUUACAUCGAAAAAGCUAAAGAGGAGGGUCGUGUACCUUACCUCGAGGUGAUGCCUGGAUCGAGAAGAACCAGAAAAGAGGUUGACUACUCCACUGACACAAUGUCUGAUGACAGGUUCUUGGAAAAACUCUUCGACGGAGAUGACGCGGCACCUGCCAAACCUGAUGCACAUAAACCGGAUGUCGCGGCUGUGCCAAGAUCUGAAAUUCGACAUACUGAGUCUACACCCAGCACUUCUGCUCCACCUUCAAAGACAGUGCCUGCAACAAAAGCUCCAGAAGAUGUACAUUUUGCUGUUCCCAAACUCCCAGCUGUCACAUUCAAAGUUCCUCGACUCUUGCCAAAAUCUUUGGAUGAUUUAAAACGAAAGCAUACAAAGAGUGAAAGUGAAUCGAUUGAUUUAACUCCGAAAAAAGUUCGAAAAGAUGUUGAGAACUCUGAAAAGAAAGAAACUGAAAAAACUCUCAAGAGGAAAAUCGAACAGCCAACUGAGCCCCCAAUUAUCGAUCUCACUGGAGAACCACAGCAAAAGUAUGUCAAAAUCAGUGAGGAGGCCGGAACCCCAAGUAGAGAGGAACCUCAAGUGAAGGAAAGAAAGGAGAAGAAGCAUAAACAUAGAAGUGAUGAUGAGUCUACACCAAAGAAAAAGAAGCAUCGUGAUCGUGAUAGAGAGGGAUCAUCUGAGAGAAGAAAGAAACACAAGAAACAUCAUAGACAAGAUGAGGAGAGUUCUCCUUCAGUGUCUCAUCACCUUCCCGGCACGAGUUCUCCUACGGUAUCUUCGAAACAUGAGAAGGAAUCUCCGUUGAAGAUAUUGGAAUCUGCAUCGAAGGUUUUUGAUAGAACUGAUUCCCCAUCAGUGUCUACUCCAGUUUUGAAAUCAGAAAGUAGUCCUCUAUCGGCGGAUACUUCUCUACAAUCAACUUCAUCUGAUUCAACACCGAAACCAAGGUUGACCCUCAAAUUCAAAAUGCCAGUUAUGCCGCCUCCGCCACCGAUUCUUGAUGUGGACAACUCAAAACUUAGCGAUUCUCAGGGUAUUCUUCCUCUGAAGUUCAAGAUUCCAACUCAAUCUCCAGAGAAAACUGGUGGACUGAAAAUCAAGAUCUCAACUAAAUCUCUGGACCUUCCUAAGUUGUUGAAAAUGAAGGAAGAAGAAGCAUCUCAGAAAAUUCUACCUUUGAAAUUCAAAAUCCCAAUUCCACCUGCUGAUGUUUCCGGUUCGAAAGUUGAAGACGCAACAAAAACUCCUGAAAAAUCUGAGAAGAAGGAGAAAACGCCAGAAAAAGUGAAGAGUAUUCCAUCGUCGAAGUUCAAGAUCCCCAUUGUGUCACCAGACAAGCCUCCCCGAAAAUCCAAGACUCCAAAGAAAAUCUCGGAUGCCAGAAAUCCAGAGCAAGUCACGCCAGAAAAAGAGAAGAUUCCCCCACUCAAGUUCAAGAUGCCAUUUUUGAGUCCGCAAACCACUGGUGACAACAAAAAAACUUUGAUGGAAUCUCCGGAGACUCCAAAACCGGACACCGUCAAAGAAAGGGAACAGGCUCAAAAAAUUUCUUCUUUGAAGUUCAAAAUGCCAGUUCAGAUUUCUGAAAAGACUAAUCCGACGGUAACGACCCCAGUACAAGUUCCGGAAGAACCGAAAGUGAAUAUCAAAGAGCCGGAAAAGACACAGAGUAUUCCUCCAUUGAAGUUCAAGAUACCAGUUUUGACUCCCGAGAAGACUAAUCCAACGGUCGCGGCUCCAGUACAAGUUCCGGAAGAUCUAAAAGUGAAUAACAAAGAACCGGAAAAGAUUCAUAGUAUUCCUCCAUUAAAGUUCAAAAUGCCGCUCCUACCUGAAACUUCUACUCCGAAAGUCACUGCUCCAUCGGGAAUUCCUGAAGCUUCUAAACUGGACACCAAAGGCCCUGAGAAAAGUCUACAUGUUUCUCCUUUGGAAUUCAAAGUUCCACUACCUCCACAAAGUGCUUCUGAACCAAAAGACAAUGAACCAGCUUCAAAAGUUCCGACAAUAAAAUUCAAAAUGCCAAAACCUCUCCCGGAAGCUGUUGAUUUGAAGAACGAGACACCUGUUCAACCUGUAGUUCAACCUGCAUUUUCAUCAAUUUAUGAGCCACGAGAUCCUAUUCCGAGUAUUCCGAUCCCAGAUGUUUCAAAUCUGGUGUUCAAGGUGCCGGCUCUACCGAACAAAGUUCCGGAGGUCUCCAAUGCAAAAGGGGAACAAGUUGCUCAAGUUGUUGAGACUCCUGAAUCAACAAUCGAAAAGCCAAUUGAAUCUACUGUGAUUCCUGAUCUGAAAGUAACUGCUCCGGCUGUCGAAGAUCUUGCUUCAAGUGUCGAAAUUCCAACUCAACCUCUCGAUGUUCCUGUUGCGAUGGUAGAACCAACUGCUCCAGUUCCCAGUGAACCUGAACCGGAAUUGAAGGCACCGACUCCAGUUCCUGAGGUUUCUGACUCAAAGGUAUCAACAAAACCUUUGGAGGUCACAGUGAAACCAACUGUUCCAUCGACUAAUGCUUUGACAGUGAAGAUCAAGUUGCCAACUCAAUCUCCGGAAAUAACUCCGUUAAAAGUGAAACUUCCAAUUGAAACUCUAAUCCAGUCUCCAGUGGAACCCCAAUUGGUAUCACCAACAUCUACCGUUUCAACUCCCAGUGCAACUCCUGAAAAGAAAAAGAAGGAUCCCGAGGAGAAGAAACGUCACAAGGAAGAAAAGAAGAAAGCUCGUGAAGGUGAAACUGAAGAAGAACGCCGUGCACGAAAGGAAGCUAAACGUCUGAAACGUGAAUCAGAAGGAAAGACCGAUGAUGCUAAACGCGAAGAAAAACUUGCCCGAAAAGCUGCACGAAAGGAGGAGAAACGUGCUGAAAAACAGAAACGAAAGAGCGCAGCUGGAUCUGUGGAUGGAAAUUCUACCAUCAAUGUUUCUGAUACAUUGUCUAAAGAAGUGACCCAAUCUGUCACUGAUCUUAUUUCCAAACUUAUGAAUACUCCUGUUACUGCUUCAGUAACUACCCCAGUAACUACCCCAGUGGACACCCCUGCAGCUGGUUCUGCCUGA